AUGUCUACAGCACUCUCUUAUUGCGUAAUUUUGCCCGAAAUACUCGAUAUUGUCUGUCGCUAUUUGACCCGCGGAGAGCUCGCAUGUCUUGCACGCACAUCUCGCUUUUUCUUUCAUUCCGCAGCCCGCGAGCUCUGGAGCUCAUGGCCUGUUGAAGACAAAGACAUUCUGAAUCUCCUCCCUGACUCUCUUGUCGUCAAGCCCGGCGAAAAAAUCACCAGAUUCGAGGUUCAUAUUCCCGCUGUGCUCCCACCCAACUACUUUGAGCGUUUCAACCUAUAUGCACCGUUUGUCAAGCAUGUGACAGUGUCUCUUGCUUGGGGGCACAACGAAGAGUACAUUCACCAGAAGCAUUUACCCGGCUGGCCAAUGGUCGCGUGCUAUGCUCGCAAUCAUGUCCUCCUUCCCAACUUGAAAAAACUCGACAUUUGCGAACGUUACUCGACUACUACUUCGAGCAGAGCAUGCGCCGAUUGGCUCAGCGCUCUAGUCCCACCGUCGCUCUCGGAAUUGGACAUUUUCAGGAAUUUUGUCGAUGAUUCGCCUGGUUGCAUCGAACGCUAUCUCAAGCUCAUAGAUGGCAUCCUUGCCAGGACCUCCGCAAAUCUCGAGCGUCUUAGAAUCCAUACUAUCGAGCCUUCAAUCAACCAACUUUCGGCUCCGUCUCCCAACGACCCUGCUUCUGAGACUCUCAUGCCCGGAGCGCUUAUCUCCAAAGCACUGAAACACAUCGUGGGAAUGCCUCGUCUUCGAAAAUUGGAAAUCCCGGAAUUGAGUUUGACCCUUGAAGUCCCCGAUCUGCCAGCUUCUUCCACGUGUCGAUUAAACUCUCUUCAAAUCGCAUGCGGGGCUGUGGAGCCCCUGUUCCACAUCUGGCGAACUCCGAUCCCGGCUCACCUAAGCCAUUUGAGCUUAUCGACAAAUUGGCCCGGCACCACGAGUGCUGUGAGCGAGUUACACGAGCUGACAACCCUUAUCGCUGCGGUCAGCCCGCACAUCACCAAGAUCUCGUUCUACUUUGCCGAUAUUCCCGAUACCGACCAUCUACUAGACGUUCUCUACCCCUUGCAUACACUCCAGCUGACCGAGCUUAUCGUCAAUGGCGUCCAACUCACCCAACCCGUCCAGCAAAUUAGUCUUCGAACCAUUGCCGAAUAUUGGCCGUUGCUCGAAGUCCUCGAAAUCAGACAUGUUGGGACCAGCUUUAACGAAUUGGUUACUGUUUCUUCCUAUCUACCUCGCCUGACUUGCCUAUUAAUGCAACUCGAGUCAACUAUACCCCCUGAACUUCUUAUCGAUGAUACCGCAGUUCAAAUAGAUACUCGCCCGGCCCAGGAACUCGAGCUGGUGAGCGAUUUCAGAUGCGUACACACGUUUAACCCGACCGAGACCAACGAGUUCGCCAAAUUCUUGACCAAAAUUUGGCGCAGCGUGAACAUCAAGUGUUAUUGCCGAGGGUAUAACCAUGGACCAGAGUAUGAAGAGUUCAAAGUUGUGCUUGCUCAACAUUUGAACGGCACCCCACCCGCCAUUACCGCUUAG